CCCUCUCUCUCUCUCUCCCUCCCCUUGAUCUCUAAGCUUUCCUGCUCCGAACGGCUGUACAUCUAAACCUCACCGAAGCUGCAGUCAAUCCCGCUCCCUCCUCUCCUCCACCAUGAGCUUGGAGCCCUUCAACAGGUUGGUGAGGCUUGCGGCCCGGGCUUUCUACGAUGAUAUCACUAUGAAGGGCGAUAACCAGCCCAAGGCUGGGAGGGGAGAUAAUAGGGGAAUGGCUGUGGUUGUCCUUGAUGCUCUUACUAGGCGCCAAUGGGUUAGAGAGGAAGAUUUGGCUAAGGCUUUGAAGCUGCAUUCGAAACAACUUCGCCGCACUUUACGAUUUUUUGAAGAAGAGAAACUAGUCACAAGAGAUCAUCGGAAGGAGACGGCCAAGUGUGCAAAAGUAUUUAGUGCUGCAGUUGCUGCCACUGGUGAUGGUCAAAAAAUACUCAAAGAGGGUGAAGAGAAGACAAAACUGCAUACCCAUUCUUACUGUUGCUUGGAUUAUGCACAGGUCCACGAUGUUGUAAGGUAUCGGCUGCAUCGAAUGAAGAAAAAACUAAAGGAUGAAUUAGACAGCAGGAAUACCAUUCAAGAGUAUACAUGCCCUAAUUGUGGGAAAAGAUAUUCAGCUUUUGAUGCACUGCAACUUGUAAGUCUUACCGAUGACUAUUUUCACUGUGAAAAUUGUAAUGGUGAACUUGUUGCGGAGAGUGAUAAACUUGCUGCUGAGGAAAUGGGAGAUGGUGACGACAAUGCUAGGAGGCGCAGACGUGAAAAAUUAAAAGACAUGCUUCAAAAAAUGGAGGAGCAGCUGAAGCCAUUGACAUUGCAGCUGGCAAGAGUAAAGGAUUUACCUGUACCUGAAUUUGGAAGUCUCCAAGCAUGGGAAGCUCGAGCAAAUGCAGCUGCUCGUGCAAGUGGUGAUUCUAGUGCAGUUGAUUCCACCAAAUCAUCUCAAGGACAAGGAUAUGGUGGAACACCAAUGCCAUUUCUUGGCGAGACAAGAGUUGAGGUUGCUCUAUCUGGUGUUGAAGUAAAGGAAGAGGACACUGAGUCUGAUACAAAAGCUACAGCUGUGAAGGUUUUACCUCCUUGGAUGAUUAAACAAGGCAUGAAUCUUACAAAAGAACAAUAUGGAGAGGUCAUGCCAGUAACAAAAAUGGAUGAAAGCUCAGCCCCUAUUGAUGACAAGAAAUCAAAAGACCUGAAAGAAGAUGAAAAGAGUAGACAGGAUGAGUAUCUUAAGGCCUACUAUGAGGCUUUGGUAAAAAGGCAGAAAGAACAAGAAGACGCAUUGAAGAAAAUGCAACAAGAAUCUGAAACAAGCAGGGCAUCCAAAUCUGACUUUUCAAAUGGGGACUCUGAAGUCCAUGCUGAGCGUCAAGUUGGUAUGAAAGCAAAACGGGAGGAUGAUGAAAAUGAUGAUGUUGAAUGGGAAGAGUCUCCACCUGCAGGCAAUACGGGCGGAACAUAUAAACUGGCUGAUCUAAAUGUUGAAGCUAAUGCAUCCAGUGAUGAUGAAGAUGAUAUCGACUGGGAGGAAGGUUGAACUGAGAAAGUGAAGUUUUUAUAUGUGCCUGUUAUGAACCAGACGAGCUCCCUCUGCUGCCUUUUCCAAAUAUCUCAUCAAAUAUGCAACUUUUGUCACAGGAUGAAGCUAGGUGCUGCUGAAUCAUAACCAAUGAUGCUAGAAAAAUGCAGUCUCAAAAAGAAGGUUUUGCAUGCACUUGAUAAUAUGGAUGAAAUUAUUGGAACAUGUUAGUCCUCUAAAACUCUUAAAGCAUGGCAGAGUAUGGUGACCUAUUGUGAAUACUGGUGUAUCUCAGAUGUUUUCAUCUGGUAUUAGUUUUUAGUAAGGUAUUUUCUGCAGUGUUCUCAAUAGGACUCUCAGAAACUGAUGAAUUGGAGAAAGAAAACAAAAAACACUGAACUACAGAGGUUUCUUUUAAGCUUAUUGUGUUUUAGUUGUAUGAUUGCAAUUGUAAUUCCUUUGCACAAUGAGAAGAUGACCAACAUUAUUUAGAUUCG